UUAUUUUAUUAAAUAUCUAAAUAUAUAUAUUUAUAUUUAAUAAUAAAAAUAUAUAUAUUUAGAUAUUUAAUAAAAUAAUAUUUUGUAUAAUAUUUGAAAGAGCAAAACUCAUAUGGAUGUGUAUUAAGGUUUAUUUAAAUAUAUUUACAUUUUUAUAUUAUUUGAAAAAGCAAAACAAACUUUUGUACUCUUUCUAGAAAUGUAAAGAAUUAUAGUGGAAAUUAUUUGUGUUAUCCCUACUGUAUUCAGGGAUUUAAUUUAAGAUGAAUUUAUCUGUGAAAGAAGAUGUGUGUUAAUGCGUUCGGUGGUAAAGAGUGGGCUGGGCGCUCAUGUGACUGGACGGUGAAACAUGCAGAACACUGAUUUCUUCAGUGUCUCUGUGACAGACAAGCCAUAUAUUGUAAGGAUCAAUCACCACAACAAUCAAGUGUACAGACGAUAUGAUGUAUGAAGAGACUUUCCAAAAGGACUUUAAUUCCAGCUAUGAUUAUGACAUGAACUACACAUAUGUGGAUUAUCCUUUGAUUACAUUAGAGGAAGAGAAUUUUUCACUGGCAAUGAUCAACGCCAUUUGCUACAGUCUCAUCAUCUGCAUCAGUCUACCAGGAAAUAGCUUUUUGCUUUGGGUGGUCUUGAAGAAGGUGGGUUUGAGCAGCUCUGCUGACUGCUUGCUCCUUCAUCUGACAUUGUCCAACUUCAUCUUCACCUUCACAUUGGUGCCCUGGACUGUUACUCACAUCUGGGGAUGGAUCUUUGGGAAAUUGGCCUGCAGGCUGUUCAGCUGGUGCAUCUUCUUGGGCCUUUACAGUUACAUGAUGUUCCUCACAGUUAUGACUGUCCAACGAUACGUGGCGGUCAUGUAUCCGGUGUUCUCUUCGUCUGUAGGCAGUCGUAGCAGACUGUACAUGCACGUCUCGUCUGCUGCAGCGUGGUUGAUCUCGGUGGGCUUCAGCUUGCCUGAAAUGAUCUUCUCUGAUACGAUGGACAGUUCUAAUGGUGUCUUCUGCAUUCACAUUUACAGCUCAAUGUUUAUGGAGUUGUUUGGAUAUUUCACUCAGAUAAUUCUGUUUUUCCUGCUGCCGUUCCUGGUUAUCGCGUUCUGCUACACCCGAAUGGGAUUUACGAUCCAUCAGAGCCGCAUCAGAAGCAGAAACCAUGCUGUAUGUAUCACCCAAAGCAUCGCCGUGGGAUUCUUCAUCUGCUGGGCGCCAUAUAACAUCUUCCUCUUCCUCCUCUCCUUGAAGUCUUUAGGCGUCCCUACAUUCAGGCAGGCAGUGUGGGAAAACGCUGGGGAGAACAUCUACAGUAUCACCCAUAUUCUAGCGUAUUCCCACUGCUGUCUGAAUCCGCUCGUCCACAUCUUUGGAGGGAAGAAGUUCAGGAGCUUCCUGCCAUGGACCAGAGGCUUUCGUCGGCUCCCGCAGAGGUUCAGCACUCAAACGUUCAGCAAUCAGAGCAGCUUCUCAGGGCAGUUUCAUCUCUGAAGUCAAGGUCAAGUGUCAUGAUAUCAUGAGGUGUGUUCGACUUCAUGAGGCACUGUGUAAUGCAUGCUGGUUAGAUUUUUUUGUCUGACACAUCAUGAUACACUUUUGAAAAUAAAGGUUCCAAAAGGGGGGUUUGCAGUGAUACCACAGAAGAACCAUUUUUGGUUCCCCAAAGAGCCUUUCAGUGAUCAGUUCUUAAUGGGAUAGUUCACCCAAAAAUGAAAAUUCUGUCAU